UCUCGACAGCCGGACAGUGCUAUGCAAAAACAACCAUGCCCAUCAUACAAACAGUUCAUGGAGUACAGAAGCUCGAAAUCAAAAGAACGACAGUCUUUUAACUAUGGGCCAAAAGGAAGAUAUAGGCCUAAAGAAAGAACACGUCCAGAUAAACGUAGGAUUGAUGGUGCCAAGUGGAACUGAUUUAAAACCUCUAAGAGGGAAAACACUACAGUUAUUUACAGACCCAGAGGUAGCAGCACCUGAUCUACUGAAACAAGCUGUCCAGAAAAUGACAACAUUUAACAAGGACAUGCACGAAGGACCUUAUGUCCUUUUGUAUCCAGACUGCUCAGAGGUGGUUCAUGUGCCUGGGUCAGAAAGGCCAUUCAAAUUGGCAGAAUAUAAAAAGGAAAUAGGAAAGGCAUAUUCCAGGAUCACUUUUUUCAUUUGCCUAGAAAAACACUAUAAAAGAGUGGAUGAUACCUCAGACUCUGAUUCUGAAAUUGUCAUCACAACAAGGAGCACAGCUGAACUCAAUCGUGCUGACACUUUGGUUUUUGAACCACAAAAUCGAAGUACUCCCAAACACAAGCUGGACGAUGAAAGAGAUGCACCAGGACAAUCAACAAUUCAGCCUGGACAGAUAGUAAUAUCUGAUGCUGAGGAUCUGGAUCCACCGGAAGCAAAUCCAGAAAAAAUGUCUUGCUACAGUAAAUACACAGACCUGUAUUCACCAAAUGUUGAGCAGGAGGACGAAGAGCCGGUUGCUGUCAAUGUGAAGAAUUUCCAACACACAGCAAUGGAGGAGACGGACAUUGCAUUACCUGACAUCGUAGCAAACCUGUCUCUUCCUAUUGAUCAUAAAAAAAGUCAGCCGGUUUAACAUCUCAAGGGAUAAUGUUUGGGAUGGGGCAGUCAGAGGUUUCAAGCGUACAACAUAUUCUGAAACCUGUGACAUGCUGGUGAAAUUUACUGAUGAUACUGGUGUUCUGGAAGAGGGAAUUGACACUGGUGGUCCAAGACGAGAGUUUUUAACUCUACUGAUGAAACACCUAAAAGACCGGCCCAUUUUUGAUGGACCAGAAGGACAUCGGUUCUUGGUCUACAAUGCAAAGGAUUGAGAAUGCUGCUUCAUUGGAUGCUCUGCAAGAAUGUAUGAUGAGACACAGCACAAUGUUACAGACAGCAGGUUGUCUGAGACAUGUGGCUACUGUGGAAGAAAAGAAAGAAAUCGUGUCAGACUACCUCCAAUGGUAUACCAUUGACCGCAACUCAUCUGUAAUUGACAGACGAUGGACGGGGCCCAUGUACCGUCAAAUCUUGGGUGAG